AUGUUUGAUCUCCCUCUCCAUCUUGUCAAAAUUAGUUUCGUUAUUGGGUCGACCGUCGCAGUUGCUGCGCUGCUUGGAAUAUACAAAUACCAAACCAACAUCAUUUACCCCUCUGGCCUGAACGGCGCGCGAGACCACGUCGAUACUCCUGCCGAGUACGGUCUGACUUACCAAGACCUUACUCUCAAGACUAAAGAUAGCGAGACUCUCAAGGGCUAUCUUCUUCUGCACGACAAGAACAGCAUCGACUACACGAACAAAACGGUGAUGAUCCUGUCGCCCAAUGCUGGCAACAUCGGCCAUUUCCUGCCUGUUGUGAAAUACAUCUACCAACAGUUGCGCUACAAUGUUCUGAUUUAUUCCUACCGAGGCUACGGCAAAUCUACCGGGGCGCCGAGCGAGAAGGGGCUCAAGAUCGAUGCCGACACCGUGAUGGAGUAUGUGGCGUCGCACGCGCAGCUGGUAGAAUCGUCGCUUGUUUUGUACGGCCGGUCUCUGGGCGGCGCCGUCACCAUCUACAUUGCGGCCAACUAUGCGAAUCUUGUCUCUGGCAUCAUUCUGGAAAACACGUUCCUGAGCAUUCGCAAGGUAAUUCCGUACAUCUUCCCGAUUUUGUCGCCAUUCAAGGCCCUGUGCCACGAGAUCUGGGCAUCCGAGGACGAAAUCGUGCGCAUUCCAGACACCAUUCCGAUUCUAUUUCUGAGCGCACUUGAGGACGAGAUCGUCCCCCCCGAGCACAUGCGCACGCUGUACGAGCUGAGCAAAUCGAAAAACAAGAUCUGGAAGGCGUUUGCUGGAGCACAUCACAACGAUACAAUCGUGCAACCAAAAUACUGGGAUUACUUCUACGAGUUCAUGCGCAACAUCAAUCCUGUUGAAAAGUAGUCUAUUUCACACACUCGGUGCCACAGCCUGGACAGCAGUCUUCCAUGUUGUCCACAAACCAGGUGCGCAGACACCCAAAGUGGCCCUUGUGGCCGCACCGCUCCAGAACAACACACGCGCCCUUGACGGGCUCGUUGCAAUAAAUACAUCCGCCCUGCGUUUUGCCACACCGAUCGCAGUACCAGAACCCGAACUCGAUCUCCGGGUCUUGCAGCCACAUAUUUUUGCUGUGCUCGUUUAGAAGCGGCGUGUUGCAGUGCUGGCAAAACAGCCGAAACGACGUCUGUGACUGGCCUAUUUUGGUGAACAGCUCGUAUUGCAUGGCUGCAGUCUUGAGGACGUUGGCGCUCACAGCGAAAAGACACCGCCUUUGCAGCAGGUCGUGGUAAGUGAGGAUCCAGUCCUGGCACUCUAUUUCAGACAACGCCUUGGGGUAUAUUUUUCCAAACAGCAGAGCCAACGUUGCGCACAUGGUCGCAUCGCCCUGCAUGCUGCUGUACAAGGCAGCCUGGCGUAUGAGAUCGACCGGGUUCCACGGCGUCGCUGGCUCUUUCGACACCGAGACCUCUUUGGGUAGCAGCCGUUGGCUCUUGGCUGGCGACGAGCUCAGCGACGUCAUCUGCGUCAUCGACAGCUUUUUGGACCUGUAUUUGGAUUGUGGGGAGCCCGAUAGUUGCAACUUCUCAUUGUCGAGGUCGACGCUCGUCCCGGUAAACGAGAACGUGUGCCUUGCCAGCGAGUCUGACGCACGCUUGAUGUCGAUUGCCCGUGUCACGUGACUCGUGCUAUCGUCGUCCUCGUCCACAAUGGCGUUCUCGUUUUCGUUGGUGUUCGCAGUGAACCCAAACUGCUCGUCCCUGUUUAUUCCACCAUCAUACGACUCCACAGACGUGCUCAGAUGGUCGCUGUUGUUCAAGCUCAACCGGCUUUCUGUCCGUACAGCCCCGUUGCGCUCCUCCAGACGAAACUCCUGAAGCCCCUGAACCACCUUUUCGUUUUCUUCCCACAGAAUACUGCCCUCAAUCGUCUUCCACACCUGGCAGUCGCGAAACCUGCCUGCCGCAGCCGCUACCGACGCGUUGUAUUCGCAAACUUGCAGCAGAUCCAUACCGUCCGGAACUUGCACGAGAUAGUUGGAGCUCAGAAACCUGAAAACGUCGGUGUCGUUGUCGGGAAUAGGAAUGUCAGCAUGCAGAGCGUACGGAGAACGUAUUGCCCGUUGGAACUGCGACGGCUGUCGAGGCAGGGCCGGACGCCCCUUGGCCACGAGAUUGGGCGAUGUCGGGUGGUACAGCUCGCCAGGGGUUAGUUCCUCCGUCUCCUCAAACUGGUUGCGGUCCUGGCUCACAAACGUCAGCCGUGCUCCCGCCUGGCUGUCCCAGGCAGCGGCCAUCGUCGGCAGCGUGUCGACGAGCCGUGGCUCUGCGCUCACGUCGUGCUGCACCAGCGUCUUAUCUUUCGACGCGCUCACCAGGUACUUGGGCGUUUUCCACACCAGCCCGGUGACCUGGUUGGUGUGCAGCUCGAUCACGUUUUUCGGGACGUGUUUGCGUGCAAGGCUCCAGAUCUGGAUGCAUGGGUCGUCGUUGAGGAAACACGUCGCCACGUCGGUCGUCAACACGGAGCCGUUGCCGCGCCCGCGACACCAGCUCACUUUCGAGAUCGGGCCCGCCGUGUUGAUCACGUGAUCCGGCUCACGCUGGUGGUCGCUUCCGGGUCCCAUGUUCCAUACCUGGAGCUGUUUGUCGCGGCCGCCGCUGAUGAGGUAGUCGAGUUCGGGAUGCCAGUCGAGAGUGAGCCCCGGCCCCGUGUGUGCGUUGAGCUUUCGCUCGAACGUGGUCGGUCUGCGCAGGUCCCAUUUCUGGAUCACGCCGGAGUCUGCAAUGCUGCAAAAACUGCGAGCUAUGCGCGGGCUGAACUGCACGCAGCGCACGGCGUCGGAGUUGCCGCGGAUUGUGAGCUGGGCUUUGGUGUUUUUGGUUCGCAGGUCCCAUAUCUUCAUCUUGCCGUCUUGUGACCCGGACAGCAGCGUGUGCGGGCUGAGCGGGCUGAAAUCGACGGAGUUGACUGCGCGCUGGUGGUCGCUGAACGUGGUGCGCAUACGUGUGCCGCGGUCGAGGUUGUAAAUGUGGAUAGAGCCCGAAAGCGUCGAGAUGGCGAUGUUUCUGCCGUACUGCUGGUGGCCGAACUUUGCGUCAGCGACAAGGCCGUACUUGUUGCUCCGGGAGCCUGCGUUCGGCACGACAAGGUCAUACUCUACAGUGAUCUCGUUUGAGGCGACUUUCACAAGCUGCAAUGCCUUAGGCCCGCCGAUCACAAACAGGUUGGGUGUUUCGUUGGACUUGGCGCACGCGAGAAUCUCGUUGACGCUGUGCAGUCGCGUUCUGUUGGACUCGGCGUUGUGUUUCGAUACAGAUGCCGACGAUGGCAGGAUAGAGAGCGACGAAGCUGGCACGGCGUGGCUCGCCGACGACGACGGGCUCGGGCUUGCGUUGGUGGACAGGCCAUAGAUGUUGAAGGCCAUUCGGGAAAACUGCCCGCUCGAGCGCCGGUGGUGGUCCAUGACAAACAUGGCACUGGGCGAGCUGCUCAACGGGCGGUCCUGCCCGCGCUCGCCGUGUUUGUCGAGCGACUUUUCCGACUCGUGGGACAUAAAUAAA